GAGCAACCCUGUUUGUAACAAGGCGAAAUCGGGAUGAUUUACUCAGAAUUUCAAUUUCAGGAUACUGAGGACUGGUGUGGCUGUGUGGAGUUGCAAGUUUAACUCAAGGCCUUGUCUCACUGGGUAAACUGAGGCCCAGGUAAAAGGUUUUACAAUCCUCAGCUCCCAGAGAGCAACCUUCCACACCCUGUUCCUCAAGACCCCCAGAGAAGAUGUGUUCCAGCCUUCCUCUGCCCGCCCCCAAAUACCAGGGCUCCCUUUCUGAGCCAGGUGAAGCCACAGGCAGCAGUGCAAGGACAGAACCCACAACCGUCCAGAGGAAGGGCCAGUGGGUGCCACCUGGUUUGCACCUGUGCCUUUACCCUGCCCGCUUCCUGAGGAGGACUCUGCAGACCCAGACGGUGGAGGCAAACAGCCCGGUUCCUACCACUGGGUUCCAGUCCCACCCCUUUCAAAGGCACGAAACUGGGAAGCAUCUGGGCAGCUGCCGACCAUUCGAAUUAAACGGCCCAGCCUGGUCCCAGGGCGCGGCGCGGCCAUGCCAGGCGCAGGGAGGUCUGGCCAGCGUGUUACUCUGGGGGUUGCGCCUCAUCGGCCUGCAGCUUUCCCUCUCCUGCUGCUGGGCUUUCAGCUGCCACAGCACCGCGUCCUCCUCUGACUUCAGCCUCCCUGGGGAUUACCUGCUGGCGAGCCAGUUUCCUCUCCACGGUGACCACCUAGGGGUGAGACGCGGACCCACAGUACCUUCUGUGACAGAUGACCUCAGAGGUUCUUUUCUACCCCCCAAGCCUGGGGUUUCCGGAGACCAGAGGGUCUCAGCAGGGCCUUUCGCCCUUUUCAGCUCUCAGCCUGGCUUUCCCUACAGGCCCAGCACCUUCAGUGGCCACGGCCGCCACCUCUUCCAGGCCACGCAGUUUGGCGUCGAGGAGGUAAACAACGCCACCAUCACCCUGGGGUACGAGCCGUACGACGGCUGCUCGCAGUCAGCCAACGUGUUUGCCACGCUGAGCACGCCAGGGACGCGCUACGUGGAGAGCCCAGGAGACCCCUCCCACUACUCCCCCGCGACCGUGGCGGUGAUUGGGCCCGCCGCCAGCCACCGCGUCGCCACCACUGCAGCCCUGCUGAGCCCCUUCCCGAUGCCCCUGAGAAGCUGCUAUGAUGCCAGCAGCGUGACGCUCGGUGUGAAGCGGCUCUCCCCCUCUUUUCUGCGCCCCUUCCCUGACAAGCCCCGGGUGGAGACCCUGCCGCUGCCGCUGCGGAGGUUCGGGUGGGUCUGGAUCUCCACGCUGGGCAGCGAAGGUGUCUACGGGCAGCUAGGGGUGCAGGCGCUGGAGGACCAGGCCACCCAGCAGGGCGUGUGCGUUGCCUUCAAGGCCACCGUGCCUCUCUCUGCCCAGCCGGGCGAUGAGAGGAUGCAGAGCACGACGAGCUGCCCGGCCCAAGCGAGGACCACGGUCGUGGGCGUCUUCUCCGGCAGACAGCUGGCCGGGGUGUUCCUUGAGUCCGUGGUGCUGGCCAAGCUGACUGCCAAGGUGUGGAUCGCCUCAGAAGACUGGGCCAUCUCCAGACACAUCAGCAAUGUGCCUGGGAUCUGGGGCCUGGGCACAGUGCUGGGUGUGGCCAUCCCACAGAGACGUGUCCCUGGCCUGAAGGCGUUUGAAGAGGCCUACAGUCCUGGGGCAGACAAAGGAGCCCUUGGGCCUUGCCUCAGGGGCUCCUGGUGCGGCAGCAACCAGCUCUGCAGAGAGUGCUGGGCUUUCACGGCACAGAAGAUGCCCACACUUGCAGCAUUCUCCAUGAGCUGCUACAACGUGUACCAGGCUGUCUAUGCCGUGGCUCAUGGCCUCCACCAGCUCCUGGGCUGUGCCUCUGGAGUCUGUUCCAGAGGCUGGGUCUACCCGUGGCAGCUUCUGGAGCAGACCCUCAAGGUGAAUUUCCUUUUACACAAGGACAUUGUGACAUUUAAUGACAACGGCGACCCCCUCAGCAGUCAUACUGCCUGGGACUUGAGGGGCCCCAACUGGACCUUCAGGGUCAUCGGCUCCUCCUUGUGGUCUCCAGUUUGGCUAGGCAUAAAUACGCUCAAAAUCCAGUGGCAUGGAAAGGACAACCAGGUGCCUCAGUCUGUGUGUUCCGGCGACUGUCCUGAAGGGCACCAGAAAGUGAUCAUGGGUUUCCACCACUGCUGCUUCGAGUGUGUGCUCUGUGAGGCCGGAACCUUCCCCAACGAGAGUGACCCCUACAGCUGCCAACCUUGUGGGAGAGAAGAGUGGGCACCUGAGAGAAGCCAGACCUGCUUGCCAUGCACCGUGGUGUUUCUGAUUUGGCAUGAGCCCAUCUCUUGGGUGCUCCUGGCAGCUAAUAUGUUGCUGCUGCUGCUGGUGGCUGGGACUGCUGGCCUGUUUGCCUGGCACCUAGACACGCCUGUGGUGAGGUCUGCUGGAGGCCGGCUGUGCUUCCUCAUGCUGGGCUACCUGGUGGAGGGGAGCUGCGGCCACCGUGGCUUCUUUGGGGAGCCCACGCUGCCCACACGCCUGCUGCGCAGAGGCCUCUUUGCCCUUGGUUUUGCCAUCUUCCUGUCCUGCCUGACGAUCCGCUCCUUCCAACUUGUGUUCAUCUUCAAGUUUUCUGCCCAGGUACCUACCUUCUUCCGUGUGUGGGUCCAAAACCACAGUGCUGGCCUGUUGGUGGUGAUCAGCUCAACAACCCAGCUGCUUAUCUGUCUAAUGUGGCUUGCAGUGUGGACUCCACUGCCCACCAGGAAGCACCAGCCCUUCCCCCAGCUGGUGGUGCCUGACUGCACAGAGGCUAACUCACCGGGCUUCAUGCUGGCUUUCACCUACGAUGGCCUCCUCUAGGUCAGCGCCUUUGCCUGCAGCUACCUGGGCAAGGACCUGCCAGAGAACUACCACGAGGUCCAAUGUGUCACCUUCAGCCUGCUCCUCAACUUCGUGUCCUGGAUCGCCUUCUUCACCAUGGCCAGUGUCUACCAGGGCAAGUACCAGCCCACGGUCAACGUGCUGGCCGUGCGCAGCCUGAGUGGCGGCUUCAGCGGUUAUUUCCUCCCCAAGUGCUAUGUGAUCCUGUGCCGCCCAGCUGGCCUCCACCCAGGACUACACCAGGCGCUGUGGCUCCACCUGACCAGUGGGUCGGGCAGGGGGCCGGAGGUAAAGGCUAGCGCCUCCGAGGCGUCCCGCCCCGGCCGGCGCGCUUUGACGUCACGUCCGGCGGCGGCGGCGGCGGCGGCGGCGUCGUCUCUGCACGGUCGGCCCGGCACUUACCGCCGGGGCAGUUGGUCAGUGGGGGCUGUGCAGGCGACCUGGCUUGGGGCCGGAGGCGUUGGCGUAGGGAGGACCGGACAGGGUGAGGAGGUCGGGAGGAACAGGGCGAGGGAGGGGGCGCUGUGGGCCGCGGUGGCUGUUGACGGAGUGUGA